CAUAUGAAAUACCCCUCGAAUAAGAAUAUAUUUGAAAUCUAAAAAUACGUCAGACAAAAUAGCAUAUCGAUUCACUCGAUCAUACGUCAAGUAUUCGAUUAUUUAAUACAUUGAUUAUUUAGGAGGUUCCCGAUGAAAUUACUGCAGAGAGAGAAAUAACGAAAGAUUGAAAUGAGAAGUGUACGUUGUAUAAUUCCAACCUUAAUUUAAAAUUACACAUUAAACAAAUACCAGUCUUCUUUGUAGAUCUGUGGCAAGGUUAUAGGUCUGAAAAUGGCUGUCUACAAUUAAUGAAAAAUAAAAACUCUAAAUGGUAUAAAUGUGUGAACAUUACUAUUUCUAGUAUCGUCGUGGAUGAUUUCGAUACUGGUAAGGUGAACGAAGAUAAGAAUAAAACGCAAGAGAAUGAAACUAAAGCCGAUCCCAUACCUCAUGAAUCCAUACGACAGAUUUUGAAUGAGGCGGAACAGCGAAAACUUAAGUUUUGGAAGUUAAUUGAUGAAUACAGUGAUGUCGUCGAGAAGGUCAAGAAGAUUGAGCAGAAGGAACAGCAGAGUACUCACAAAUCGGAUUCGAACGGGAAACAAAUGUAAUUUAUAUAGAAAAUUAUAUCCCUUUAAUUGUU